AUGACGACUCGGGCUGGUGCGACCACCACCACGACGUACCAAACGUACGCGUUGCCACCCCGACCGGCAACACCCAUCAUCCUCUCGGCCAUGGCCAGUCCGUUCCAGCCGUCCUCACCGAUGGGGAUCGCUCCGACCUCCGCGACGAUGGAUCAACCGACCGCGCAAGACUGGUAUAUCCUGCGCUCGCUGCAUCAACAGAUCUACGCCUACCAGCACGCCCUCUUUCGUCCCCACGAUGGCGCACCUGCCAUAGCCCCGGUCCCGAUGCACGUUGCGAUCCCACCUCCCCCCUUUGCGCUGCCCAGUGGGUCGCCGCCGCCUCUGCCAUCCGGGCCACUGCCCACCAACCUCGAUUCGCCCCCCUUUGCCCCAGGACUCACACCGGGCAUGGAGAUGGGGAUGCAAGCCCCGCCCGAACAGCAGCAACCACAGAUCUCGCAACUGCAGCCCACUAGAACGCGCAAGAUCAGCAAGAGCAAGAAGAGGCUCGAGAAGCAGCUCAAGCAAGGCCUUCUGCGGCGCAAGCAGUUGCAGCAGGAGAACCUCUUGCUCAACUACGACAGCAACUCUACCCCGACAGCCAAUAAAUUACUACCUGUAUCAUCGACUACCAUCGUCCCGCCGGCUAUUUCCGAGACUGCCACUCGUGCUUCGGGUUCGACACCCGCCCCGGCUCUCGGUUUACCCUCGACGGAUUCGACCCCUGUGGUCCCACUAGCAGAGGAGGCACUGCCAGUAGGAGGUUCACCUCUGAGCACUGCCUCUGAUGACCAAGUCCGCUCGGAAGAAGUACUCAGGGCUAUGCUCAAAGGCGGUCUGGCACGUUCCAAGGUACCUUCGACGAAGCUGCCUGCGACCACAUCGAAUUCUGCGACAUCAUCCCUGCCCCCCAAUUUGUCGACGACCCAAGCGGGCAACGAGAACGCUGCAAUCGCCAACGGCGCCAAGGACAAAGGCAAAGGUAAGGCCUCACCGCAGGAGAUUGAGGUCAUCACUCUGGACGAUGACGAUGAUGAGAUCGAAGAGGGCGAGAUCCCCGUCGAUCCGGUUGAAAGGCGCAAGAGCCUGACCACGCAAUCAUCUACGGCGAAGAAGACGACGGCGGUCCCCAUUCCGAUUCCGUUCCCUCCGCCUCGACCCAAAAAGAGGCGAAAGUCGUUUGAGGUUGAGAUUGAAGACAUGGGUGAGUCGCCCCCGCGCGGCGAUUUCGAAUACGAUCAGGUCCCGAGAGGUCCGAGGGUGAGAUUCGUUCUUUCUUUCCUGGUCCCCCUGCUUUCCACGUCCCCUCGACUGACGUAUUCGCUCAGCACCGAAUCAACUCUUCUCAUCAGGGUUAUGACCCAGCUACCUCCCCUUCCUCUCAUGUGAUCAUGGCCUCUCCUCCCCCUCUCCUCGCUCCUUCUUGGCCCUCGAGGAUGUACGAUCGAUGGGCUGACCAGGAACCGGGUGAAGUGGUGCGCCCAAGCUACGAGUCCUCACAGCCGCUGUCGAAGUCGCUACCAUGGUAUCCGCCCCAGCUGCCGGCGCCGCCAUCGCCACCACCGCAACAGCACAACCGCAUCGAGCGGCCUCCUCAGUUCCAGCAAUCUUCGCAGCAGCAGCUCCCUCCUCAGCGGCCAUCUCCGUCGCAUCCGCCGCCGCCACCGCACGACGACCUGGCGCACAGUGAAUUCGAGCGUAAGUCGAGUUCUUCGAUCAAGACUUCUUGUGCCACCGUGCGGUCAUUAGGGAUGACAAGCGCAUGGAGUCUGACUUUGUGGGGUAAUCGUAUUGUUUCUUCCUUCUUUUCCCCAUGCCAUGUUUGGUUGUACAGGCGAGUCGUACCCUCGAUACCGAACUCCUUCGGGUGAACGGAAGCGAACGCGGUCACCUCCGACUGUGCCACCUACCGCAUUUGCUUACGAUCCUCGUCUUUCGAAAAUGGGCUCGGUCCUUCCCGAGCACACUCCGCCGCCGUCGAUGCCGCCCCCACCACCGCCACAGUUUUCGUACCCACCCCCACCACUUCCUUCCUUCUCGCAUCCGCCUCCCUACCUGCAACAGUAUCAGCAACAGUAUCAUCAGCAACCGCAGUCGCAACAGUUUCCGCACCCGCACGCGCUUCUGCAUCUAUACCCCCCACCUUUCCCAUCUCCCUCUCCCUCCCCAGCUCCGUAUCAGUACCCUUAUCAACCCUCGCCUGCUCCCGCUGCCCCCCAUCCUAGCCACCCCUACCAUGGCUACGAACCUCCCCCUCCCCAAGGGUCUUCUCAUCUUCAUCCCCAACAGUUUCACCCGGGCCAGGCUGGCCUUCCUCCUCCUUCCUCUUACUUGCUCGAUCCACGACCUCCUCCCGGCUUCUACGGAACGAAUUCUCGACCUCCCUUCUGA